AUGAACACUGUAGAGAAAACGAUUCUUUUCUCUUUUCUGCUACGAGGUGUUUGCUGUAGAGAUUUCAGCAUCAGUCUGACGGAGAAGAUUGAAGCUCUCAGUGGAUCCUGUGUGAUCAUAAAGUGCACAUUUGAGAUUGAAGAUGAAUAUAACAAAGGCCUCUCUGAGAGUAAUGCUACAGGAUUGUGGCUAAAAGAUAAAAAUGAUUUGAAAACUCAAGUGUUUAAUUCCAGAGAUCCCAAACCUAAUCACUUUAAAGGGAAAAUAACUGGAAAACUACAUGAGAAGAACUGCACCACUAUCUUUUAUAAUGUUAGUUCAAAUCAUAAUAGUCAAUAUUACUUCAGGAUUGAGAGUGGUGCUCUGAAAUACACCUACACAUUAAAAGCCUCCACUAUAAAUGUCAUUGAGUCUCCCCCCAAACGAACAGUGAAGCUGUAUGUGGAGCAGAAGGAGGUUCAGGAUCAGGAGGAGGUGUUGGAGGGGAGCUCUGUGAGUCUGCGCUGCUCUGCUGAGACUCUCUGCUCCUCUCCUCCACCAACUCUCACAUGGAGCUCCACUCCCAGAAUCCCCCUCAAUGAGAGCAGCAGACAACAGGAGCUCAUCUCUGAUCUGAACUUCACUGCUGCUCACCGUCACCACAGAGUCACUUUCACCUGCACUAUAACCUACCAGAUACUGGACAAGAACAAAACAGCACAGGACAGCAUCACAUUACAUGUUCAGUAUGCCCCUAAAAUCUCUCCCUCUUCCAGUUGUAACAGAACUGAUGUAAUUGUCUGUUUCUGUGAGUUUGAUGGGAAUCCCUCUCCUGAACUGGAGUGGCAUCUGUCUGGACGUCCUGUCACUAACUCUUCAGACACGUUCAUCAGUGAAGAGCGAUUGAGCAGCACAGUCUUGAGGAGCUCCAUCACUCUACAUCAGUCACUCACACACACAUCUCUGCAGUGUGUCAGCAACAACACUCAUGGCACUGAAAGAAAGCUGUUUCAACUGCUUCCCCCUGUUUCACGUUCGAAUCAUUCCUCUGUGAUGAUUGGAGUUGCUGUUGCAGCUGUGCUGGUCAUUAUGUUCUGUGUCAUUACAUGGAUCUGUGUACGAAAAAAGAGUAUGAAACUUCAGCAGACUAGAAGAGAAGAUGCUACAAGAAGCAUUUCGACCAGUGAUGCCAUUCCAUGCGAGAAUGAAGAGGAGUCUGUUUAUGCCAAUAAUGUCAUGAUGUCUUCUGCUGGAACUGCUACAGAAAAUCCAGAAUCACUCAUUUAUUCCUCCAUUGAUUUCAAAAACGUUACAUCAGAGUCACAAGAGUUCGGGAACAUCUCUUCACUUCAUGCCGAAUAUGCUGUGGUCAAACAUUGUUCUGGAGGAGUGUCAAAGGCAGAGAGCUCAACGGGAGAGUCUUCAAGAGCGAUAGAGGCACCGGUGAUUGUGAGUGCAGAUGGAGUUACUAAACAAACAGAGUCAAAGGCUUCAGAGGAAGAGCUGGUUACUGACUCCUCUCAGCUUUACGCAAGGGUUAAUCGUCGCAACCCAUAGGGAACUUCAGCAGGGGUGUUUUUUGAAUAGUAAAACGAUUGUAUUUGCUUUUGGAUAGUACAAAGAUGGUAUUCCAGUGUUAUAUACAAGUAGUAAUCAAUCAGUAUCAAGACAUAACCAUGGUACUGGUGCCACCAAGCACCAAAAGAGCUUUUUUUCUUGUCUCAUUUGUUGUUUUAUACAUCAUAAUGGACUCUUUUUUUU